UAUUAUUGUUUUUCUCUUCUCUCAAGAGUCAAAGUCCCACCCACCGCACUGCGAUCCAGUUCACCGCUGCUACGACGAAGCAAAACCCUAGGAGGCUUUAAAAGAGAUCGAGCAACCAAAAAAAGGGAACAUUAAUUCGGCGUCGAAUUCAACUGAAGGCGAGCUCAAUGGUGGAGGAGAAUAUGGGAAGCAAAGAGGAGUCCAGCUUCUCCAGGACGUGCAGGCUGUUGAGCCGGUACUUGAGGGAGAAGGGCAGCUUGGGAGGCCUUCCGCCGCUCGAUCAACGGCCGCAAGGCAAAUCUAGGGAACCCAAAACCAUCAACUUGUUUCCAAGGGUAGAUGUGCUAGAAGAGAUCCAAACACAGAUCAACCAAGAGAAAACCUCUCACAUAUCCUUGAAUUUUUUCCCCCGACAAUCAACACAAGGACCUGCCAAUGCCUUAGAAACCAAGCAGAUGGAGAUGAACCAGCUCACUAUCUUUUAUGCCGGCGAGGUGCUUGUUUUCAACAACUAUCCCGCCGACAGAGCCAAGGACCUGAUGCAGAUGGCAAGCAAAGAGAGUGUUGCAGCUCAAAAUUUCAGCUUCUCCACCCCUCACAUUGCAGCUGCUGGAGCUGAGUGCAAUUCCAAGCCUGAAACCAAGCUGGCUCAGGAUAUGCCGAUAAUGAGGAGGAAUUCCCUGCAUCGGUUCCUCGAGAAGAGGAAAGACAGAAUCCAUUCCAAGUCACCGUAUCAAGGCAAUCCUUCUUCAUCGGUGAAUGAGGCAAAGAUGAAAUCUAGCGAACCUUGGCUCAACCUAGGCAGACAAAUCUCAGAUCACAGUUCAGAUGCUAGCAAAUGACAUGGAAGACUGGUCUCCAGUUUCCGCAAAUUUAACCAUGUGGAGGAAGAGUUAGAUGUGCUAUUUGUUGUUUGUGACAUCCAUUAUGAUCCUCUUUAGUUUUGUUGUGAUAAUGAAAGAGAGAAUAUCACUUCUUUGUUAUUGAUGUGGCAUAUACAUAUACAAUUGCAAGAUUAAGUUACGUUUUUUCCAAUGUUACUUUGAAA